AUGAUUAGCGGAAAGGUCGAUUGAUGCUUUGAUCGUUUAGAAUGUUAACAGCUGAUCCUUAACUCUUGAUUUUGACGGCGAGUAUUAAACCGUUUCAGACACGAUUUCACUUUAGUUCAGAGAAUGACACUGAGGUAAGGAGAAUCAUGAACAGUCUAUUACUGUGUUAUGGUCUGAUUUUUGCCUUCUCGGUGAAUAUCUUGCGAUCAGAAGGGAGGAUUUUCUACCAUAAUGUCACACUCGUUUACGGUUCUGAAGAAGCCAGUGUCGAGGCACUUCGACUUCGCACCGACGGUUUUGGCUUCGAUAACACAGGAACACUGGAGUUUCAUGCAACUUGCCCAUUAUACGAGAUUACUGGUCCAAGGCCUGAUCUAUGGCUUCUAACCUGCACAUCACAAGAAUUAAGAGAGGUACUUGAGCCAAGAACAAGUCGUCUGAACUCCGUCUGCGAGUCACUGCAGUACAAUGGAUUGUCCUCCCAGAAGCCGACCAGAUUCUGCAAGAGUCUCCAAGUUCUGUGCACUGAUCGCCGCCAAGCCAAGACAGGGAACCCCUGUCACUCCUGGAGGCUGAACGCCCUUUUUCGAGAGCCGGAGUACUAUAAGUUCAUGUUACUCCAGUGCCCGUGGCAAGGAGCGUACAACGGAACACGCACCCAACAACACCAGGAACCAUGCUGGGCUAACCUGACCCUGAUGAAUAACAAUGGGCAUAGCCACCUCAGCCAGGGUGAAGAACCGCUGCUACUGAUUCAUAAAGUACUCAUUGUUGUCUGGGGAACGUUACUCUUUAUAUGGAUUGUCAACUGGAUCAAGUAUUACUGGUACUCCAAUGCUCUCCACAAGUUGUUGUUUGUAGCUCCAGCUCUCAAGUUUGUGAUCAUUGUGAUUCUGAUCAUUAGAUGGGAAUUCAUCAAUGCAACAGGUCUUGAGUGUCGUUGGCUAGAGAUCACAUCCUAUGUCCUGAGGAGUGCAGAACAAGCGAUGCUAUUCAUGGUUAUGAUGCUGGCAUCAGAAGGCUGGUGUGUCGUUAGGCCGAGGAUCAGGAACAUUCGACAUGCGCUCCUACCAGUAUUAUUUCUUGCCUUCCUUGGGUCUGUGAUCUGUGUGGUCUGGGUUCAUAGCUAUUUUAUGGCAUUUGCUGUGUGCAGCAUUGUCUUUGUCAUCUAUCGUGCUCUCAAAUGGUGCUCUUAUAACAUCGAGCUGAUCAACAGACAGAUCGUGAUCACCCAAGCCAUCAUGACACAGAAGGAAAUCACCUUCAGGGACGGACUGGGCUUCAAGGAACAACUCAUCAAGAAACGGGACAUCUACCUCAGGCUACGGCUGGUCUGUGCCAUUUACACCAUGGUUUUUGCCAUUGUCACCACCAUGGCAACGUUCCUCUCCGAGUUCACCUGGGUCAAGGAAGUCACCUUUGAGGUUCCAGAGAUCCUUGUCUUCACAGCCCUUGGACUGAUCUUCAGGUUACGGGACUUCCGCGUCUACGAGAACAUUGAGAUCAUCGUGCCACGGGAGAGGUCGGCAGUGAUGUUCUUACCCUACCCUGAUCUACACUGGCCAAAGAGACAGAAGAUUGUGAUGGCCUUUCCUCUGCAGCCUGCAGAGGAAGUGGCUUGUGAAGAGGAGAAAGCCUUGCUCAAGGACACCUGAAGCCAUGAUCAAA